AUGUGUUUAAAGCAACAAANAGAUGCUGGACCUCUUAGUGAAGCUCAGAGUUAUUGGGCUGUCGCUGAGUCUAAAAGAUGGUUUGGCAAGGAUGAGGUGAGGCCGAGGGCAUUGACGGAAGAGCAUGCCAGAGACAGCUUUGAGAAUCUUCUUUUUAGUGUUUGUCGAUUCAGAGAGCUCACAGGGUCUUACCCACAGAACAUAACCGUAGUGAGUUAUGAUUUUAAGGAGGAGAGAUUUGCACAUUUACAUCGUUCAGCAAUGGGAUUUCCGGAAUCAAGAUUCUUCUAUUUAGGAACUCCGGCUACCCUAUCAUCCAAGGAAGGGGCUCUAAAAGGCGAGGCUAUGGUUAGAUCUCAGUUUCAAGAAGAUCCAUACGGGUGUGUUGGUUCACUUUGGCGUAAGAAGCUGAAGCGUGACCCUUUCCACAGGACUAUACCUUACCCUAAUGGCUGCCCUGAAAUGGCAGAAUUGUUCAAGUACUGUGGUUCAGCUCCUUUUCCUGGCUCUCUCCCAUGGGAUUCAUCUGUAUAAGAUCUAUACUAUACUAGACUUGCUUAGAGGAACCACUACUUGAAACUCUUUUUUGUUUUUGUUACUUUCCAUAUAUAUUUAUACAGAGAAAACUUCAGAAUCUUUUUGUAUUCUUCUGAUUCCAUGUGUUGUCAGAAACGAGAAUUUUAAUUGUAUCAAAUGCGAUUUACCUAAAAUAAAAUUUUGACAUUUCUA